AUGCUAGCUGCCAAGAGUGCCACAACUCCAAUGAAUUACUCCAGUCAACUAUCAAAAUCAAUAGGAACAAGGUUAGAGACCAACAAUGAAUAUCGAAGAUUAAUUGGGUGCCUACUCUACUUAGCAAAUACAAGAUCUGAAAUCAGCUAUGCAGUCGACAAGUUAAGCCAAUUUUUGGAAUGUCUCACUAACAAACACUUCGAAGCUUGCCUAAGAGUACUAAGAUACUUGAAAUCCUCCCCAGCACGAGGCCUAUUUUUUUCCACCAAGUCCAAUCUUAAAGUAAUUGGCUAUUCGGAUAGCGAUUGGGCUGCAUGUCCCGAUUCGAGAAGGCCAGUAACGAGCUAUUGCUUCUUCCUGAGAAUAAGUUUGAUAACAUGGAAGAGCAAUAAGCAAAAUGUGGUGACCACAUCAUCAGCAAAAGCUGAGUACAAAGCUCUCGCGGCAUCAACAUGUGAAGCCCAGUGGAUACGUUUCAUCAUGAAUGAGCUCAAAUUUUCACCAAUGAAGCCAAUAGCCAUCUACUGCGACAGCCAGACAGCAUUACACAUAGCUGCUAAUUCAAUGUUUCACGAGAAAACAAAGUAUAUAGAAGCGGAUUGUCACAUCAUUUGCGACAAAGCCAAGGAACAAGUGAUCAAACUACUGCCUAUUAAGUUUGCAGAGCAAGCUGCAGAUAUCCUCACUAAAGCAUUGAUUCCCAAGUUAUUUAAUUCAUGUCAUCGCAAGUUCAGGCUCCUCAACAUACAUGUGCCUGACUUGAGGAAAGGCGUGACUUGA